GUAUCAUUGACUCAACUUUUUACCCAUAUGAAAUGCCUCAUAAUUUUGUUGUCGCAGAAUUUAUGCCUCGACGUUCAGCUCGUUGGACCUCCGGCUAUGGGAUCUUAAAAGCCACUUCCCUGGCAACUCGUCCUUUUCUAGCGCUGCGGAUCUCGCGCACUGACAUAGGGUUCCAUAAUAAUUCGUGGAAUGAUGGAGAUUUUCUGUUUGUUAUAUCACCUCAGAAGCCAAGCGGGGUGAAUGAGGGGUGCUACUUCACUCUUGGAUCGUCACUGGACGAAGGCAGCAAGAUGUUGCAUGUUGAGCCCCCCUUACAUCCAGAAGGGGGCACUCUCUACGUCCAUACAUUUCCAAAGCUUCUAGAGGACAUCGAAUACGAGCGGCCAGCCUCUGUGGCUCACCUCCCGCAUCAACUUGAAGAAUCUAGUUAUCUCACCUUCUGUCGUGCGGUCUUGGAUGACUAUGACAGAAUGCUGCAAGAAAAAUACACAAAUGAGGAACGGUCAUCCGGUGGUAGCGAACCGGUGGGGGACGAAUGGGAUAUGUGGAAUACCCAGCAACAGACGGAAGGGGCGCCCCAAAAGAAUGGUUAUGUUUUCGAAUAUUUGGAACCACAGAGUUUCGACUUGUCUGCUGUCGAACCACCGUCCAUUUAUCAAGAUUUACUUCUGUAUAACCAACUUACUGCAGACUACUCGUGGAUGGGUGUAACUGUUGCUGUGAACUGGGCUGUGAAGUUGAGAAACUUUGAUCGUGCGCACGAGACUCGAUGGAGCAGCCUCCUUCUGCCGGAUUCUUCGUUUAGUGGGAAUGUGCCAACCUUCGACGGAAAUAUCAAGGAACAUGCUCUAAUGCUCUGGUCGAUGAAGAUUCCCUUUGACGGUGACCCCCCUAUAAGCUCACCAUCACCCGAUGAUUGGGACUCAGAUGAUGGGCCAUAUAUCAAGCUCGACCUCGUCCCAAAGUCCAUGUCUCCGGUGUCGGCUCCAUCCACUAGAGUUAUCGCCUUUGACCUCUUUGGUACUAUCUUAGAUCGUGACGGCGCCAUAAAUGAUGCUAUGCGGCUGCUGUCGCCAACGCAUCCCGACAGACACCGACUGUCUGAAUUGUAUCUCGAGUGCGAACUCAUGAGACACAGAGACAACUCUGAUGCACCAUAUACCUCCAUCGUGCGGCAAGCUCUGGAGGAUGUCUGUGUGUUUCUGGAAGUGCCGCUAAGCGAAGUCGUACUCUACAAAGCUGUCCAGGCUGUACUGCAACCUAGUUUAUAUGCCGAUGCAGAAGCAGCUGUAGGGAUGCUCCUGUAUCAGGGUUAUGCGCUGCUCGGUCUUCUGAUCCCGGACGCAAGGUCUUUUUUACCUCCGCCACUUCCAUUUGGCCUCAAUGUCGAUAACGAACCUGCUCCCCUUUCGAAUCUAUUCAGUCAAAACCACUCCAUUUUUUCAGGCCUCUUGGAGCGCUGUCGCUCAGCAUGUAGUACUGCCGAAAAAAGCCAGGUUCUGGUAGUGACAUCUAGUUGUUACCAAGUGAUGGAACCGGCAAGCAUGGCAGGUUUCCCAACUGUUCUUGUUAGACGUCCUGGAGACCUGGGAUCAGGAGUCAACCUCAGGACAAGUCGCCCUACCCUGUUGAUAGACAGCUUGCAAGCUCUACCCGUAAAGCUGCAGAACACCUCACUUAUCCAUUGCCCUUCACCGCCUCAAAUGCAACCUUAUCUUGGCUGUACAAUGCCAUUGCGUGUCCGUGGCAUGUAUCAGAUGACAAAGUUGCUUGGAACGGGAGGCUCUGGAUACGUUACUAGUGCUUUCCAUAUCCUCACAGGCACAGAAGUUGCACUCAAAUCAGGGACUGCAUUGGAAGAUGCACCAGACAUGCCUUGCGUAGUGCGUUACGAAGCUAUGGUGUAUAGCCUCCUGCGCGGUCACCCAGGCAUACCAUCAUGCAAAUGGAGUGGCCUGGAUCGAGGAUCAUAUUUCUUGACUCUGGAACAUCUAGGUGCGAAUCUCGAACAGCUCCGCAGACUGUCCAGGGGCAAACUUCCUUGGAAGACCGUAGUCAUGCUUGGAGUCCAAAUGUUGAACAGAGUUGAAUUUGCCCACUCGCGUGGAAUCAUACUACGGGACAUCAAGCCUGAGAAUUUUGCGAUGGGCAUUGGGGAAAAGUCUCACUUUGUCUAUCUAUUGGACUUUGGUUUGGCGAAGCUUUAUGUCAACCCAUCCACAGGAGCACAUAUACCAUAUCGUGAAGGUCGCAUUCCAUUGGGGACCAUGUCAUAUUCAAGCUACAAUGUGCAUCUCGGACGAGAACAAGGACGGCGAGACGAUCUUGAAGCAUUGGGCAAUGUCCUACUAUAUCUCUUGCACGGCCGUCUUCCAUGGGAAGAUAUCUACGCACCCAACAAAGAGGCCAAAUUGCGUCGAAUGGCAGAGAUGAAAGCUGGGUCUGCAGCAUUUCGUGACCUGCUCACACGUUCUCCUGCUGAGUUCACAACCUACUUUGAUCACUGCCGCAGUUUGAAGUUCGAAGAAAAGCCGAACUAUGGGUUGUUGAGACGGUUGUUCAGCCAGAUAAUGGAGAGGGAAGGGUGGACAGGAAAUACAAGGUUUGACCCACUGGAUGGAAGUUCUGACAAAGGUACACUGGUACCCCAAGAGUAUAAGUUAGAUGUCCGGUUCACAGGGGGAGAUUUGACCACACUACAGGUCAUGAUAGCUCGCUUUCUUUGGAAGAGGAAGAUACUGUCAGGCGUAAAGGAGCCUUCCUGCUAACCCACACCUCCAGCGUACAACAGCACCUCCUUGAAAGUGGGCAUGACUGUUUCGAAUGGUGAGUGGACUGAGUAAUGCAAGGAACGAGCCAACAUUUGAGUCAGAACCGGGCUACUACGCUGAUGGACGCUACGGGAUCCAUAUUGAAAACGUUGUUAUCGUCCGGGAGGCUGAGACUCCAAAUAAUCUCGGGAAUGGGUAUGAACAUGUAACUAUGGUGAGCGUCUCGAUAGACUGACUCUAAAGUAGUGUCCUAUCCAAAUGAAGUCGUAUCAUGCGGAGACACUGGAGAAGGUGGAACCUUUGCUCCAUAACGACCCGCGCGCUCUUGAGUGGCUAGAAAGAGAGUUCUCCUGUGUAGAAGAUGAUCCU